CAAAUUAUCAAACAAUGUUUUUUUUAAAUAAAAAAUUAUUUUGAAAAAAGAAAUAAAAAAACCCUUAAUCAUUACGAAAAAUGUUUUGGAUACAAGACAGCAGGAGAUAACUUGGGAAGAAAGCGUCAGGAUUUGAUGUAGAGUAGGACGAUGCAAAGCUUCGGGUUUUUGGGGCCCGAGAAAUACUCAGUUAGAGGAACUAGUGUUAUGGCAUUUUCGUUGAGAGUUUCUUCUGUUUAGUUGCGAUCGUGUGUUGAGGAAGUUGGAACCACAGAGAGAAUACGAUGGAAGCUGUUCAAGCCCCAUAGAGUAACAUGCCAUGGGAAAUUGGAUUUUUACAUUUAAAGUUCUGAGUCUUGCAAAUUUGAGUAUCAAGCCAUCGCUGUCUGUUGCAUGGGUGAGACUUUUGCCUCUGUACUCAGCCAAUUCCUUCACAACAGAAACCUCAAGGCCCAAGCUGAACCCCCAAGUGUUCGAAAAGCAAUCAACUCAAUCGUCACUUACCUCAAAGCGGGUCGCCUCCGAAAAGCCGUGUCCGUACUUUUCGCUUUCCCUGAACAAUUCCCGUAUUGCCUGUAUGCUCAUCUGUUCCAGAUAUGUUCCUAUCAUCGAGCCAUUGUUGAGGCCCGGAAGGUCGAGUCUCAUUUGGUCACCUUCUCUCCUACCCCACCGGUUUUUCUUCUUAACCGGGCAAUAGAAACGUACGGUAAAUGCGGUUCUUUGAAUGAUGCCAGGGAGCUGUUUGAGGAAAUGCCACAAAGAGAUGGAGGGUCUUGGAAUGCAAUGAUCACGGCCUAUGCGCAAGGGGGUUACCCAGAUGAGGCAUUGUCAUUAUUCCAAUGCAUGAAUAAGUUGGGAAUUUAUGCAAAUAAAAUCACAUUUGCUAGCAUUCUUGGCUCUUGUGCUGCGGUAUCUGAGCUUCAUCUUGCACGGCAAAUUCACGGGCUCAUAACAAAAUAUGGUUGUGAUCGCAAUGUAAUUCUAGGGAGUUCUCUUGUUGAUGUUUAUGCCAAGUGUCAGGUUAUGUGUGAUGCCCGUAGAAUGUUUAAUGAGAUCCAAUAUCCUAAUGCCAUCACCUGGAAUGUGAUUGUGAGACGGUAUCUGGAUAAUGGUGAUGGUCAGGAAGCCAUUGUCAUGUUUUCACGGAUGCUCUCCACCGAAAUCAAGCCAUUCAACUUUACACUCUCAAAUGCUCUUGUCGCUUGUUCGAGCAUAUCUGCACUAAAGGAGGGGAUGCAAAUACAUGGAGUUAUUACUAAACUGGGUUUUCAAGAGGAUGAUAUUGUUUCAAGCUCUCUUAUUAACAUGUAUGUGAAGUGUGGUGAACUAGAUGAUGGUUCUAGGAUUUUUGAUCAGCUUGGCUCAAAGGAUUUGGUCACUUGGACUUCAAUUGUAUCAGGGUAUGCGAUGAGUGGAAAAACACAAGAGGCAAGGAAAUUUUUUAAUGAGAUGCCUGAACGUAACGUGAUCUCAUGGAAUUCCAUGCUUGCAGGAUAUACCCGUUACUCUGAAUGGUCAGAGGCAUUGGAUUUUGUGUAUUUGAUGCUUAAUGAAACUAACGCAUUGGAUCAUGUCACUCUUAGCUUGAUGUUAAACUUGUCUGCUGGACUUUCAAAUCAUGAAAUGGGGAAGCAAAUUCAUGGUUAUAUCUAUCGACGUGGAUUCCAAACCAACCUUAUGGUCAGCAAUGCCCUUCUUGACAUGUAUGGUAAAUGUGGGAUGUUGAAUUGUGCCAGAGUUUGGUUUAGUCAAAUGAGUUACGGGCGUGACAUGGUUUCUUGGAAUGCUUUGUUGACUAGCUAUGCUCAGCAUCAAUUAGGUGAGCAAGCCUUAACAAUAUUUUUAGAGAUGCAGUGGGAGAUAAAACCAACUAAAUAUAUGAUUGCAACCCUUUUGACGGCUUGUGCAGAUGCCUCUGCAAUUCACUAUGGCAAACAAAUUCAUGGAUAUAUAAUUAGACAUAAAAUUGAGAUGGAUACUAUUAUUGUAACUGCUUUGAUAUGCAUGUAUUCUAGAUCUCGUUCUCUUGAGAAUGCUUUUGAGGUUUUUAAAGGAGCAGAUUCUAGGGAUGUGUUCCUUUGGAAUCACAUAAUAUUUGGGUGCUCGUACAAUCAUAGGGGUCAAGAAGCCCUUGAAUUGUUUAGGAUAAUGGUGGAGGAAGGCACCCAACCAGACCAUGUGACCAUUCAGGGUAUCCUGUUUGCUUGUAUAGAAGAAGGCCUUGUUGAGUUUGGUACCCAAUGCUUCAGGUCAAUGAGCAAUGAAUUCAGUAUCUUGCCUCGGUUGGAGCACUAUAACUGCAUGAUUGAACUUUACAGCCGACAUGGAUACAUGGAUGAACUUGAGAACUUUUUGAAGACAAUGCCUAUUGAGCCUUCAAUUCCAAUGUUAACCAUAGCCCGUGAUGCUUGUAAGAAGCAUGGGUACUCAAGGCUGGAAGAGUGGAUUAUGGAUCAAAUUGCGAAUUUUGAACACUAAUUCUAUCUCAAUUUGCUGCAUGUAUCAAAGGAGGCAGUUAGCUCCGUAUUUCAGCUUUGGAGUAUGCCAUGCUGUGACAAGUUACAGAAUUGUAGACCUUCCAUUGCUAUAGUAAAUGGUCAAGGCCUGUUAGUCAUGAUGCUCAUUAAGUUUAUGCCCUGAUGCAGUAAUGCAUGAUGAAUUGAUCACGUGCUUGCAAUUUGCAAGAAAAUGUCCCAUUUUUUCCUUCUGAAAGAAGGGGGAUUAAAGGAAAAGAGGAGCACCAUUAUUUCAUAAGAACUGAGGUCUCCUUAUUUGACAAAGAAGAUUACAAAGAAGUCAUACCGACUACACAACCCUUUCAGCUUAAAAGGUGUCACAGCAUGCCUCUGCGAUGCACUUUAUGGAACUAAUAGUAUUGUCAGGAUCAGUGGUAACAUACACUCUGCUGUCCUCUAAUUUUGGAUAACGUGUCUUUGUGCCAUGGAUUAAAAUUUAGCCAGUUAACUGGUCCUAACUACUUACAUGUUGAAUGAGAUAAAAAUAAAUUGGGAUGAUUUGCAAAAGUAUGCGUCCGAAGUCAGGAAAUCUAAAUGGAAAUUGAGUUGGUUAAUUGGUCCUAACUCCUCAUAUCUUAGUGUUGCUCCAUUUGCGAGACAAUAAGUGUCAUGGAUCACAUCUGGAUGAUUGGUGUAUCAGGAGAACAGCACUGAACAAAGCCGUUGAAAUGGUUCUGAAAAUCGGAUUCAGUGUAAUGAGUCAUGUUGCACCUUAAUUACUCUUUAACCUCUCUGUUUCCUGGUGCCUUCCAUGAAAAGGUAUGGCUGUAGAACUGAAUGGCGUCCUGAUUAGCCAUGCUUUGAUGACAGUAGGUUAAAGCCUAUGAUACACUCCCUCCAGAACUGAAGAAUUGCCCCAAGUUAUGGCUGAAAGUUGACAAUUUUAUUCAGGUACUCUAUGGCUAUAUAUAGCUAAAGGAAGCCAUCUGGAACAUAUCUUAUGGAGGCAUGCUCAUCUAGGACGCUAUUUUACAUGUAACCAUUCUCCUUUUAUAAUUGUUCUCUCUUCUUAUUAGCGCAAUUUUCAAAUUUUUAUCCUCACAAACCCCCAAUGUUUAGUUCACAUACUGCAAGAAUGUUUUUCUUCAAUUUCCUA